AUGGCCCACGCAGGCCUCGUCCAGACCAGUUUGAUCUGGGUCGCUUAUGCUGUUGCUGUCGUUCUCUGUUUCGCAGCUGCUAUCAUCACAACGUUUACCUGGCAAACGCCCCGCGAACGUUCCGCCGUCGUCAGCAUCGUCGCCAUCGUCAGCUUGACUUCUCUACUCGCUACGGUUCUACUACUGCCUGUCGAUAUUGCUCUCGUCUCUGCGACUGCUUCUGCAACACUGGGCGCGAAGAAGGACUGGGCUACUCCCGAACGCAUCGACAGUAUCCUCUACACUCUCAAGGUCGUCUACUACAGCUUGUACAGCUUCGAUGCUCUCCUCUGUUUGAUCGUUAUCCCCUUCGCCUACUUCUGGCAUGAGGAGUACGAUGAAAUUGAGGUUGAGGAGGAAGGCCGAACCUUGAGCAGCCGCUUCUUGGCCGCUGCCAAGUACACACUCUUCUUCGUCGCAUUCGUCGUCGUUUUGUUCUUACUCGGUUUCUUCGUCCCCGCCGCCGGCGACAGCUCGGAGUCGCACUGGGAUCUCGACUAUUUCAAGAAGCUCGUUGCUCAGAACCAUGGUGAAAAGGCGUUGACUUUUGCACUGGGUCUUCUGCUCACUCUUGGCACACUGCUCUACGUCGUUUACACCGGCGCUGGCCUUGCCCUUCUUCCCAUCUCGUUCAUCAAGGCAGCUCCAUCGAUCUCGGCCCCUCAGCUCCAUCAGAAUACUGCUUCUCAGCUUGAACAGAACCGCGAACGCCAGCGACAGAUCGAGAUGCGCAAUGCUGGUCGACAAGAGGGCAUGUCUCGAAAGGACCAGCGAGAGCUCGAUGCUCUUGUUAGAGAGGAACAAACUCUUGUCCGACGUGAGAGACUUGCCGCUGAAGCUCAGGGCGAAGGUCGCAGCAGAAUCUACCAAGCCUGGCUCAAGGUCUGCGCUGUCUUCCGCCCCAUCAAGCUCCUCGGUGGAAUCUUCCUCCUCCUUCUAUCCCUCGUCAUCUUCGUGUCGAUGCUCAUCACUGGCAUUGACAAGGCCAAGAACUCGGUUUGCAAGGAAAAGUGCGGUUAUAUCCUUGGCCAGAUCCACGUGUUCCAACCCAUGAACUUCAUCUUCGUCAAGUCCGCCAAGGCCUUCCCCGUCGACUACAUCCUCAUGGCUCUUCUGGUGCUCUUCUUCUUCAGCAGCUCCAUCUCUGGCAUUGCCACCGUGGGCAUUCGCUUCCUCUGGGUCCGCAUCUUCCAGAUCCGCAAGGGUAGAACUGCUCCCCAGGCCCUCCUCAUUGCGACUGUCAUGUUGGGUCUGAUAAUUUUGGCCACCAACUACGGUAUCGCUAUGUUGGUUGCUCCACAGUACUCUACCUACGGCACCCAGACAUUCUGCGCCAACGAGCCUAAACAUCCUGGAGAUCAGCCAGACUGCCGAGACCACAAGGACAUGAUCCAUGCUUGCUCCGAAGCGCUCAAGUACAAGCACGCUAAGGACGUCUGCACACCGUCGGUCAUGUCAACAUUCCUCAACCGCAUCACAAUCACAUGGCCCUUCUUCGGUCUUAUCGACUUCUGGGCCCAAUUCGCUUUCCUCGGUGUUUUCCUCAUCGUCUUCGUCACAGCUCUCUUCCGCACCCCCAAGCUCAACCUCUCUCAGAUCGACGAAGAAGCCGAGGCCGACGAGGAAGAGAGUCUCCUCGCUUCAACUGGCCGACGAUUCGGCGCGACAUGGCAGGAUGUGCGAGGAAAGGCCAGCAACUCAGGAAACGAAUCUGCCACCAACGGCAACGGUUCCCAGUCUGCUGCUUGA